UUUUCCGCUGAUGUUUUAGGUAUUUUUGUUGCCUAUUUUUACUGUUGACAGUCGCGUGGUGAGUCAAUGGUUGACCAAACAUUUGUCAAGUCAUCCAGACCUUAUUAGGACAUGUAUUUUACCAAACCCUGGGUUUUAGCGAGACAACAAAUAAUGUCAAUAUCUCCACUUUCUUGAUUUCCGGCUUUGGGGCGGUACUUCUAAGUAAAUGAAAACUGCUUCGGUGGACAUUUGAAAGGUACGUUUCGAGUAGGCUAAACUACGCGGUUAACUUCUUGUUGAGUCAGCAGCUUGGAUCUAUAACCACGUCGUUUUCGUAGGAGUGAAAACAAAAGGAAGUCUUGAAGUUAAAAAAAUCUGAAAGUUUAAAAAUGAAGUCCAUCCUAUUAUUCAUUGGUUUGGUUGCUUUCAUUUCGACUUUAAUGGCGAAGUCUGAUGCAUGUCCCCGUAUCACAUUUCCCUGUUCUCUUAUCCCAAACGUCUGCAAAAAUAUGCAAAACGCCAUUUCAAAGGGAAGACCUACAACGUUAAACCGCAUCACAGACCGGACGAAAAUGGAACAGAACAGAAGAAACUCCGGUUGUCCAAGAUUGCCAAAAGUACCGGGACAAAAUUGUGACGAAUAUCCGUUUGCAUCAAGCAGGCAAGGUGGAGCGGGUGCUGAGAUCAUGAAUGUUCCUUCAAUAGAAAACAGCUGUCAGGGUGGAUUACUGGCCGCUUUUUAUCGGACGCAGAAGAUCGGGAAUGGUGACUGUUACAGAGUUGCACUAGAAUCUGCACGGUGUCCCACUAUCAUAUUUCCCUGUUCUCGUAUCCCAAACGUCUGCAAUAAUAUGCGAAACGCCAUCUCAAUGGGAAGACCUACAUUGUUAACCCGCAUCACAGAUCCGAACAGAAUAGCAAAGAACAGAAGAGACUCCAGUUGUCCGACAAAUUUGGAAACAGUACCGGGAGAAAGUUGUCACGGAUAUCCGUUUGCAUCAAGCAUGCAAGGUGGAGAGGGUGCUGUUAUAGUGAGAGUUCCUUCAAGAGAAAACGAGAUUCUGGGUGAAUUACUGGACGAUUUUUAUGUGAAGCAGCAGAUCGGGAAUCGUGACUGUUACAGAGUUGCACUAGAAUCUCUAUGGUGUCCGACCAUCACCUUUCCCUGUUCUCGUAUCCCAAACGUCUGCAAUAAUAUGCGAAACGCCAUCUCAAUGGGAAGACCUACAAUGUUAACCCGCAUCACAGAUCCGAACGAAAUAGCACAGAACAGAAGAGACUCCGGUUGUCCAAAAUUGAAAAAAGUACGGGGAGAAAGUUGUCACGGAUAUCCGUUUGCAUCAAGCAUGCAAGGUGGAGAGGGUGCUGUUAUAGUGAGAGUUCCUUCAAAAGAAAUUAAGAUUCUGGGUGGAUUUCUGGGCGGUUUUUAUCGGAAGCAGAAGAUCGGGAAUGGUGGUUGUUACAAAGUUGCACUAGGUCCAUAAAUGACGGCUGAUUUUGACGUCAGUUCUUUGCACUGUUUCUCAAAAUGACUAAUAAUUAUACAUACCACUUAUUAAAACCGAAUUUGAGGU